AGAACCUGAGCCGUGCACUGUCGGCGACUCUCCACCUGUAGACAAUCUCCAUCUACCUGGUCUUCUUGAGGCCCUGGACCGCGACGCCCCCAGCGAGGCGCCAGCGCGAAUAACGAAUCGGUACAGAAUCCUCAGCCAGUCGCUCACCCGCGUUCUGCAGAAGUGGGCGAGGGAUAUCCCGAGGAUAAGUGACAAGAACCCAGAGAUGACAAGAAGUUCUUGUUCAGCGCGAACUACGAAAUCCGACCUGGUUCGACUCUUCGUGUUUGGCGGCAUGCAGUUGGGCGUCGUAACAAAGUCCAG